GAAUAAUUUGCAAUUCAGCCUGAACACAUUCAAUACACUUUACCUUGACAACUUACCUGACAUCUUUCACUACUCUUCCCAUCGAAUUAAGAUAAUUCACGUAGCUUCGAACAUCUUUGUCGCAUCAAUCCUUAGUGAUAACUUGAUCGAUAGUCCAUCAUGGCGUCCUUAUACGAGCUGACUAUCCCCGUCCUAACUCGGGCCCUCCGAACUGAGCAGACUCUUCUCAAAAAAGCUGAGGAAUACUCCAAAAGCACCGGAACGCCCAUUGAAGAGCUCGUCUCCGCUCGUCUGGCCCCGGAUAUGUUCUCACUUUCGAAGCAGGUCGGGGUCACGGUGCUAUUUGCGAGGUUCGCAUCCCACCUGCUGGCAGGCAAGGAAUUGGUACCUACGCAGCUAGGUGAAUGGUCGCUCGAGGAGAACCAUAGCAUUAUCGCCGACGUCCUCAAGUUUCUAGCGGAUAUCAAGCCCGAGGAUGUUGACGGAAAGGAAUCCGAAGUCAUCUCGUUUAACGUGGGCCCGCGGAAAACCAGCGCAAAGGCUAUAGACUGUCUACUUCCAUUUGACCACCCUCUACGAUAUUCUGAGGCACAAGGGCGUGCCGUUGGGCAAGAUCGACUACUUGGGGCACCAAGUUGAAGAAUGGGAGUUCUCGUAAUGGGAAAUACGAUAUACAGCCUAGACGUAUUAGUAGGAGUAUAGGAGAGCAAAAUAUGGUUAGACUUGGUAUAAAUAACGAAAACGGAAUAGAACUUGAUAAUCAUCUCUCUGACGUCUUGUUACUUGCGUCGGAAUAUUUAUUGAAUACUACUUAGAUGCAUAGCAGCCUUUACAGCUUCGUCUUAAUUAGAAUAUUCAUCUUGCCAUAUACAGCUUUAAGAUGAAACCCACACGGGGAGCCCACAUAGUAGCAAUAUGAUGCUGG